AUGACGCGACAAUUUGGUAUGCUAGAUUUAUUUAAAUAUAAAAAUAAAAAAAAUAAAUUUUAUUUCUAAUGAUUCAUGACUAAUGUUUACUCAUAAAUAUAUAAAUUAAUAUAAAUAUAAUAUAUAUAAAUAUAUAUACUCAUAUAAAUGAAUAGUAUAGUAUUAAUUUAUUUUUUGAUCAUAAAAUAAUUGUAAAUUAAUUGUAAUGGGAUGUUUGAGAUAGUACCUACCUAGAUACCGAUACUAUAUUAACUUUGUUUAGUAGAGUAUAUAAUUAUUAUUUUAAAAUUCAAUUGGUACAUUAUUGACAAUCUUGUUUCCAGGAUUAGAGUUAAAAUAAAACGACGGUCAAUAUGAUUCGGUUGGAGGGAGAGUUGUUGAGAAUCGAAUUUUGUGUAGUGGUACGGCGAGCGGAGUUUUAAUGCUGCACAAACAGGUACCGAAUUUGUGACAAUAAUUUAAAUACAUUUAGAAUAUAGUAAUAGUUUAAGCAUUUGUAUGGGUAGAUUAUAAUAAUUCAAACCUUUUUAAUAAUUUAAACUUUCGUAUUUAUUGUUGGAUAACUAUAGAACACAUAAAUUAACUGAGAGAAAAAUUCACAAAGAAACACGACAAUUAUGCAUGAUUCUGCAACAAAAGUAGUUUUAAUAUUUUAACAAAGAAAAAUAGUCAUAAUAUAUAUUUUAAGGUUAUAGGUACGAAUAAUAUUAUUAUCAAUAAGAAUAUAGAUAACAACACUAUCUCUUAAACUCAAAUGUAAACAAAUAUAUAUAAACAUAUUAAUAUUAAUAUAUUGGUAUAUAUGGUAAUAUUUUUUUCCUAUUACCUAAUCGAAUAAUUAAUUAUUUAUUUAAAAGGUGAUCUAUUAAAUUCCCUAUGACGCGAAAGUUUGAUAUGAACUUAUAUAUUUGAACUAAGUUCAUAUAAAAGGAAACAAAUUAAUUUUUGUCAUUUGAGUUUAAGUGUUAAAUUUAUAAGAUAUUUCAGGCCGAAUUUGAUCACGCCGUAAUUAACAUGCAAUCAUAUGUUAACAUGUUUUUUCUAAAUUCGUUAGGGGACAAGUCAUAACAGUGUUGCCCGUAAGGGGACAGAUCAUAUUAUUAUUUAUCAAAAUAGCUUUUAUUUACUUUGUUAUUUAAUUAUUUUCCACGAUCGUCAGGAUAUCUUUGUGUGGAGGUAGUUAAAGGAAGUAAAUAAAUGUUAUCACGACUUAGAAAUUAAAAAUGAGAAUGAUUUUAAAUGUACCACCAAAUAUUGUCUAUUGAUCAGAAAUUUUUUAAUUCAUUGUGUAUUUUUGGGAUUAACUUAGAGCUUUAUAACUGUAAAUGAUAAAUUACCAAAGCUGAAAUCCUAAUGUGGUUAACGUAUAUUAUUAUAUUUAGUUCAUAUUUACAAUGUAACUUAAAAUAUUACAAUGGUGGCAUAUACUUUUAAUUUUUAUUAACAAAAUAAACAUUUUGUGAAAAAAAAAACUGAUAUUUAUAUGUAAAUUGAAUUUUACAGUUUUAUAUUUGAAGAAUUAACAUUAUCAUCUACUUCUACGAAUCACCGUUGUUAUUGCUAUUAAACAAGUUUAAUGAAUUCAAUUUUCAAUAGGCUGUUUAGAUAUGGUAUGUGUAUUUUAUUGUUUAUAGUUUUUAUAUUUGGAUUUUAAACGAUCUCGUCACAUUCUCAUCCAAUUAUUUUUAUUAUCUACUUUUUAUUUUUAGUUUCGGAUUUCAUUAAAACUAAUGUACUAUGAGUUGUUGAAUUGUGCUGAAUGUGAAAUCAUGCUUAAACACAAAUUUAACUACUGGUUUUAUAUUAAUGCUGAACAGACAUUGUAAGAACGGGUCUUUCGAGAUCUCAUGUCUCUGCACUACAUUUUCCCAACUCAAACAUUGUAUUACACUUAUAAGUUGUUAUUCUUUAGGUUGGAAAAGAAAGGUAGUGCAUAGAGCCAAAGGUACUGGAAUUGAUAUAUAUUACCGUGCGCAAGAUAACAAGAAACUACGAUCGACACGGAAAGUCCAUGAAUACUUAGACCCUAGAUCCCGUUUAAAAAUACAUCAUUUCACGUUUGCACGAAAACCUCUAGGUUUGGAUUGUUCGAAAGAAGUAUGUAGACAUGUCAGAAAUCCUGGUGUCCCUGACGAUGCUAUAAAUAUAAUCGAAGAACAAACUGUAGGGUUAGAUAUCGAGGAACAAAAUCCAAUUGAUAUACAACCAGUAAGACAUUUUAUUGAACUUUUUAUUGAAUGCUAUUAAUAUUUAUUUAUAUAUGUUGUAAUGUGUUUUUNAAUGAUAUAAUUUUCAAUAAUUUAUAUUUCAAUACGGUUUUAGAAAGUUGUAAAUAGUUGUGAUAGUGCUGCCAUCGAUAAUAAUAAAAUCGAAGAAAAACUAUGGAGAUUGAUAUUGCUGAAGAAAAGUCCAAAAAUGUACAAUCAGUAAGAUUUAUUACUGAACAUCUUAUUAAAUGAUAUAAUUUUCAAUAAUUUAUAUUUCAAUACGGUUUUAGAAAGUUGUAAAUAGUUGUGAUAGUGCUGCUAUCGAUAAAAAUAAAAUCGAUGAAAAAUCCAUGGAGUUUGAUGUUGAAGAAAAAAAUGAUAAUAAUGUAGAACCCUGUCCCACAAGUACUGCAAAUCUCCAGAAUCGGAUGAAAAUAGUUCAUCUGAAACAACUAUGUUCCAUGAGUGUAAAGGUCGUAGAUUUCAGUUUAAAAAGGGAUCAGAUAUAGACAACCAGGCAACCAUAGCCUUUAUAAAUGAUUUUAUAAUGAAAAAUCAUAAUGCUACAUGGUUUUAUUCGGAUAAUGAAACUUUCACAAAUGAUGGGACUAAAGAAGUCAUCAAUAGCUAUUACAUGCAAAAACGCUUCAAAAAUAAUUUCAUUAUUUAGAUCAUUUAAAACAUAUAAACAAACUGUGUAGUUAAAUAAUAAGGAAGAAAAUUGUAUUAAUGUACAAUCAGUAAGACAUUUUGUUAAAAAUUUUAUUGAAUGUUGAUAAUUUUUGGCUUUAUAUAUUGUAAUGUGUUUUUAGGAAAUUGUAAAUAAUCAUAAUGGUGCUGCUAUCGAUAAAAAUAAAAUCGGAGAACAAACUAUAAAGUUUAAUAUUGAAGAAUAA